AUGACAUUAAGAACGUCUACUCACAAUGAUACUGAGAAAUCAAAGACGAGAUACAUUGAUAGUAAAGGAACAUUACUUACACUUCGUCCAGCUCCAGUUGAAACAAUAUUUCCUCAUCAUUUGGUUGAUAAACGUUUUUUAGGUUCCGAUGGUUUUAUUGAUCUUGACAAAAUGUUUUUAGAAAUUGCUGGCGCAUUUCGACAUGAAGUGGAUGCUAAUCGGAGUUUUCAUCAACAACACCUGUCUAAUUCAUCUCCACAUGAAAUGAGUGAUAAAGUAGACGAUGUACCAAGAGAACAGACAAAAGUGUAUGAUUAUUCAGAUCCACAAAUACUUAAAAAAGUUUUUAAUCGUCGUCCAAAAGAAAUUCUUACACCUGAUCAAAUAGCUAAUUUAACUUCGGUCACAGUUGGAAAUCGUCCAUCAACGAUAGAUCAGAGUCAACAAAAAAUGGCAUGGAUCGAUGAUUACCGUAAUGUUCGUUGUAAUGUACCUUGGAUACCAAUAUCACCGCUUCCCUAUCAUCAUAAAAAUCCAUUCAUUUCUGGUGAAGAUCGAUUACAAACACCUAAGCCAACAUUUUGGUUAAAAAGUCCUAUGUACACUAGACAGUUAUCUCCUUAUCAUUUUUAUCAAACACCACCAGAUACCGUUCAACAGCAAACACCAGUCUCAAUUUUACAACGAUUAGAGGAUGCCGCUGCUCGACAACAACAAAAUAGCUGUGAUAUCUAUCAUUCUGCAAGACAAAAUGAUCAUGCUUGUUUACGUGAUACAUCUAUCUGUUAUACACCAAGUUCACCUGUUCUCGACCAGCAAUGUUUUCAAUCUGUUAGUGAUAUGGAAUCUAGCAAUGCAUAUAAUUGGCUAUUUACCGAACAGUCAACACCUCUUGCCAGCAAAGAUUUAACUAAACUGGUUAAUGAUCAUGUACAACAAAUGUUUUCAACACCUUCAUAUCCGAAAAUAGACAGUGGAGACGAUGAUGUAAAUGAUCAUAGUUGUACAAUUGCAUGUGAACAAUCGCCAUUAUCUCAAAAACAAAAACGUUCACAAGAUGUUAUUCGUUCAUCAUCUGAUGAAUUAUGUUCUUUGACAAAUACAACUGAUAAUGAAUUUUCAAAUAUGAGUGAGAUGUGGCACAAAAUUUCGAAUACAAAAGUCAGUGAAGAAAACGAUGAACAAUCUAUUGAGAAUUGUAAGGAAGUAUACGAUCUUAUUCAAUUUAGAACACAAGAAGUCGAUGCAAUCCCAUCACAGAAUAUCUUACAGUGUUUAAAAUCACGACAUCUAUCACAACGUCAUGAAAUGCUGAAACCAGUAUCCUCAACGUCAUCCGAAGAUCAGUCCUCAAUCAAAUCUGUCUUACAAAAUAUGAUACUUGAACAAUUGAAAACAAUGAGGAGUCAACAAAAUUUUGGAGAAGAAAAUCCAUCAUCAGAAAAGUCAAUAGGAAAUCAGCGUCUAUCAGUAUCAUCAUUAUUUCGAAACCAUGACAAUAUCCUCGCUGAAAAUUAUGAUUAUCAUGAUUCUCCAUUAGAUCGUUGGUUUAGUCGUGAUACUUAUUCAUCUGACUUACCACAAAUGCCUAUACCUGUAUUAGAUCAAAGCGUUGUUAAUGCUGCAGAUCUAGAACAAUGUGAUCAAAAAUGA